UCUCUCACAGUCUCACUCUCUGCAACCUGUGGCUACAAAAAGUAGUAGACAAAAAAAGACUGCGCAAGAUAGAAACACUCAACCGCUGAAAGAUAACGUACACUCUUUUGGUGACAACAAAAGAUCUUCCCAAUUUCAUACACGUCCUCUGUUAUUCCUGUGAGUUUAAGAGUUCGAUUGAGGAAACAAAGGUUGGAAAAAAUGGCGUCUUUACAAAUUGGGAAAUCAAAUUUCUCUCCCUUUCUUGGAUUUCGAUCUGAUUUUUUGAUGGAUUCUGAUUUCAUUUCUUUGAGAUUACCGUGUCAUAAGAAAUUGAAAUUUUCAGUUAAAAGAGAACUUAGGGUUUGUUGUAGAGUCCAAAAUGAUGAUGGUGAAACCAACAAAGGUGAAGAACCUGCAGAAUCCUUGUUUAUGAAGGAACUACGUAGACGAGGAAUGAAACCUACUUCUUUGAUUGAGGAAAGUGCUAAAAAAAGCUUGUACGAAGCUGUUGAAGAAACAACACAGAAGGAAGAUGAGAGAGGGUUCUCAAAGAGUUCAGUUUCCACUGACUUUGAGAUUGGUCGACUUGCUAAUCAAAGGCAGACGUCCAUGGCGUUGAACAGUGAAGGCCUCGAGGGUUUGAUUCCACGUGCUAAACUGCUGCUAACUCUUGGAGCAACAUUUUUCUUGGGAUUUUGGCCAUUGAUCCUUGGAACUGUGGUGAUCUUUGGAGGUCUCUACUUUUAUUUUGGUUCAAGUUUCAUUCAUGAUGCAACCAUGAGGUCCAUGUCACCACCUCCUUACAUUGAUCCAUAUGUUCUUCUAGAAGAAGAGAGGUUAUCAAAGAUUGCUGAGAAUGUUAAAUGAAGAAUUUGGAGCCUCGAAAAAUGAAUAUAGUUAUACACUGCACGAUGGAAGUAUCAAAAAGAGUACAGGUUUCUGUUGCUUCUUUUUCUACAAGUGCACAUGUACUUACUCUGUAAAUCUGACAGUUUUAGUAUUAGUGUAUACAAGUUUAUUGAUAUUGAUUUGGUGUUGGUUCUGGUUUCUCA